AAGUGUUCAAAUAAUAUUGGACCUAAGUAUUCAGCCAUUUGAGGUGUUUCCAGGUUAACAGGCCUGUAGUUACUAAUCCUAAAACCUUUGGCCAUUUCAAUGAGCAGUUGUGAACUCAGUCAGUUGUAAAAACAAGUACUAAACAAAGCAAGAAAAUAAUAUUUACCAAUUCUCAGACCGGAAAUGAAACUCACGCAUGCGCACAUUGAGAAACAAAAUUUGACCGGCAUUUUCUUUGUCUUAAAUUUUGAACGAAGUUUACUUACCUCAUUAUUAUUACCAUGGGGACGUAUAAUCCAAUGAUCACCCAAAUGAUCCAAGAUGCCGUCCUGAAACUCUGUACGCAAAACAUCAUGUUCCAAAAGUCCCUGGAAAUCGAUGGGAUCAUUUGUGUAUCCAGUGGAGAAGAACAACGGGAUAUUGUCGUUAAAAUGCAUCGAACUAUAGUGAAACCCGAAGUGGCCCCUACACCCGUAGAAUCAUGGUCCCCGUCCCUUGAGGCUGACUGGCAAAAUACUGCGAAUACAAAUACCCCUAGAAACACUUCAUUUGAUAGCUAUGACUCUUCAACACCUCGCAGAUCUGAAAGUAGACCCGGUCAUCGUGGUCCAUAUAAAUCUAAACAUACUGUUGUGAAUGAGCCACCCAAAAGGACAUUUAAUGAGGUUCAUGAACCACCAGAACCAACAGCAACACAAGAGACACCUGGUGGUCUAGAUAUUGACAGUGAUUACUCAGUAACAAAUAUAAAAGCUGAACCCGAUACCUCUCCAAAUUCCAAACGGAAAAACAGUGAUUCCAAUCUUGAUCAAAAUGAAGAAGUUCCAGCCAAACUAGCAAAAUAUAACAUUAAAGAGGAAGCUAUUACAAUUGAACUAAAUGAUGAAGAAGAUGAUGAUGGCGGUGAAGGGGACACUGAGACAGCUGGUGCUAGUUGGAUGGGUGCUGAAGGGGAUGAUACUACAAGGACAUUUGAUAAUAUGGACUCAAUGAAUAAUACAUACGCAAGUGCGGAUACCGGUGAUGAAUCUCAAAUGCAUGAUGCAGGUGGUGCUAUGCAGGUUGCAGGUGGCGAUAUGGGUGACCAAUCAGACUUGUAUCCAUACCAAAUGGGCAUUAACAAAUCUAAUGAUGGCCAGUCCUUACGCUGUCCCCUUUGUUUCAAAACUUAUAAGGGAAAGGGUUCCUUAGCGGAACAUACUAAGUUUUUUCAUGGAAAAGAAGAAUAUCGCUGUUGUGGAAAGUUGUUUACAUGGGAACGUUCAUAUCGGCGCCAUAAACACAGAUGUCACCCUGACCUGCCAUGACAAGUGGAAUGAUUUGAUUACGUUGUAAGGAAACUAAUGAAUUGUUUUAAAGGCUAAAUAUAGCAUCCAAAGCCUACAUCAGAGGAUACUAAAAUGUUAAUGUUUGUGUUAGAAAACCUGAUUAUAAGAUUUAAAGGCUACAAAGAUAUC